AUGGAAAAAGUUUAAAGCUAAACUUAAUUAACAUCACAUACUGUGUUAAGUCCAAUAAAUAAGAAACUUAAGUUCAGAACAGAUAAACGUGGAUUUCCAAUUCUAAAAGGAUCUAAAUGUCAUUGCAUAAGUUUUAAGGAUUAGAUAAAAAAAGGAGAACUACAUACUAUAAUAAUGGUGGAGAGUUGGAAAUAACUAAAUUAUGAUAAUAAACAUAAUCAAAAAGCUAAAGAGUGUUGUGCAAUCUAUUGA